AUGGCCGCCGCGCCGACCGGCGGGACCGGCGGAGGCGCAGAGGCGGUCCAGUACGACGCGGGCACGGGCAUUUAUACCGUUAAGAACAAGCCAUGGCGAGUGGGAUCUCGUUAUACGGUGCAUGGUCUGAUUGGUUCUGGCUCAUACGGAGAUGUCUGCAAGGCCACUGACAAUGAGACGGGCGAAACCGUCGCUCUCAAGCGCAUCGCGGAUGUGCUGUGCUGCCCCAUGCUGGCCAAGAGAGUGCUUCGAGAGGUCUGCAUCAUGCGCCGCCUCUCACACCCAUACGUCAUCCGAUUGGCGGACGUGUUUACUCGCAAGUCUACUGAGGUGCCGGGGGGAUUCGACCUGUACAUCGCCACUGAGUAUGCCUCAGGUGGUGAUCUGUAUCGGUUCAAGCAGCCACUAACACCAGAGGACGUGAGGCGACUGAUAUGGCAACUGCUGGUGGCAACUCGCUACCUGCACUCGUGCCACGUCUGGCACAGGGACAUUAAGUCUGAGAACACGCUGCUCCACGCCAACACCACUCUCAAGCUCUGCGACUUUGGCCUCUCUAGGUCCGCCUUAGGGUCAGGGCAGCCAAUGCAGCCGCGCAGUGCUCCGGACGAGAAGGGGGCAGCGGCGGGGAGGAAGCAGCACGUGCUGCAGAGGCAGUUCACCAAAAUGGUCGUCACCCCCAGCUACCGCGCCCCUGAAGUGGUCAUGUCCAGAGGCCAAUACACCUCUGCCAUCGACAUCUGGUCACUCGGCUGCAUUUUCUGGGAGCUCCUAAUGCGAGCCAUGCGGCCCCAUCGACCCGGGCCUCCAUCUAGGCCACUCUUCGGCAUCAGGGGCGAGCCGGUCACUCCGGAAACAGGGGAGAAGUAUGUAGAUGACAAUGAAUCUCCCUUAUCGGAUCAACUGGACGUGAUAUUCGAUGUCAUCGGCACGCCCUGCUGGAAGGACAUUGAGAGCGUCCCUAGCGAUGCCUGGCGGGCGUUCCUCAAGAGGCUGCCCGGGCGGGCGGGCAACCUGGCCAAUCAGAUGGCGCCAUGUGGCGAUCCCGAGGCCGCUGACCUGCUCCAUCGUAUGCUGGCCGUUGAUCCGUCCAGGCGGUGCACUGCUGAAGAGGCUCUUGCUCACACAUAUUUCCGCAGUCUCGAGAAGCCCAUGGAGUUGCCACCCAUGGAGGCAGAGGAAACACCCGUGUCUCUGCCGCAGGACCACCACUUCUGGCAGAUCACCGAUCCUGCCAUUGCUCUCGGGUUGCUAGAGAGGGAGCUGGAGCAAGCAGCAUACGAGCCGGAUGGGGGCAAGAGGAAGCUGGAAUGGCUGCUCGAGAGAGAAGCAGAGGGGCAGCAGGUAAGGGGGGCAGCUGUUCAGGGGGAGCUGGAGCAAGCAGCAUACGAGCCGGAUGGGGGCAAGAGGAAACUGGAAUGGCUGCUCGAGAGAGAAGCAGAGGGGCAGCAGGUGAGGGGGGCAGCAGGUGAGGGGGGCAGCAGUUGCAACUCCAUGCUUCGCACACUCCUCCCUCUGCUCACUCCCUCCCACUCCUCCCUUGCCUCGCUCUCCUCACCCCCUUCACCCACUCCCCCCUCACCAGGAAGAAUACAGCAGCAGCAGCAAGAUCAGCAGCAGCAACUCCUGCUGUUACUGCUUCAGCAGCAACAGCAGCAGCAGCAGCAGCAGCAGCAGCAGCAGCAGCAGCAGCAGCAGCAGCAGCAGCAGCAGCAACAGCAGCAGCAGCAGCAGCAGCAGCAGCAGCAGCAGCAGCAGCAGCAGCAGCAGCAGCAGCAGCAGCAGCAGCAGCAGCAGCAGCAGCAGCAGCAGCAGCAGCAGCAGCAGCAGCAGCAGCAGCAGCAGCAGCAGCAGCAGCAGCAACAGCAACAACGUCAGCAACAACAGCAGCAGCAGAAGCAGCAGCAACAGCUGCAGCAGCAGUUACUAGAGCAGCAGCUGCUACAGCAGAUGCAAACUGCAAUCAGCUCCUCUACUGCUACAGCAGCAGGGCAAUUCCCUCCCGCCACAGCCGCUACAACCGCCCCAGCUGCUACAGCCGCUGCAGUCGCUACAACAACCAUCCCUGCAGCAGCCAACUCCAAACAGCAGCAGCAGCAGCAGGUACGGUUUGCACCCAAUCCAGCUGCUGCUGUUCACCAGCUGCAGGAGUCGCUCAGGAGAAAACAACAGAAGGCAGCACCUUCUCAGGUUCCUCUGCAGCAGCAGCAGCAGCAGCAGCAGCAGCAGCAGCAGCAGCAGCAGCAGCAGCAGCAGCAGCAGCAGCAGGUGCAGCACCAAGCGCAGGAUCCAAGGCGUCGACUGCGGCCGCUGGGGCAGGGGCUGGGGCAGGAGCAGCAGCAGGAGCCAUCUCUCUGUCUUGCCCAUUGUAGUGAAACCACUGAACAACGUGCUCCUCUCUUGCCUUCCCCUCCACUCUAG